AUGCAAUCUCAUACCGUUCUUCCUCCGAUUAAAUUCCUUCUUUCUCCUACGAAUGAUGCUCAUGGUCCGCUCUCUUCUCCUUCACCGGUUAGGAGCGCUGUACAAUUGCCCAGUCUUCCUUCCUAUGAUCGUCAUGCUGGCAGUAUCAGAACUUUGCUCUCACCACCUGAAUCUCCUGAAAUAGCUUCCACAUAUGGUUCUCGACAACUUCAACAUCAUGAAGAAAGAUAUAUAGUUCCUCAAACAUCUGAACAACAAUGUGCUUGUUGUGUCGGCCGACCAGUGUCAAUCUAUCAAUCUUCGUAUAACCAGCAAUCAUCCCCAAGUGUCUAUGAAUCUUCAUAUUCCCAACAACGAUACUCAUCUUGUCCGCCACUCAUUCAUCCGAUCCCGAUCUCUCCGUUCAGUCGUAAACCGACAUUAUCAGCAAUGCAAUCCCUUCCACGAUUGAAUACUUCGUUAUUAACCCCUGCCACCAAACAUUAUGGCUAUCAUACUGAUCACUUUAAUGGUCAAAUAUCACCAAAUGAUUCAUCAAGUGGAAACCGUUAUCAAUGCCCUUAUUGUUCAAAACGAUUUUCGCGACCAAGUUCACUUAGGAUUCAUACCUAUUCCCAUACUGGUGAAAAACCUUUUGUGUGCACUGAACCUGGAUGCGGCAGAAAAUUCUCGGUACAGAGUAACAUGCGUCGACAUCUUAGAGUUCAUAGAUUAGGCAGAACUGUCAAGAAGACUCGUUACGAAGGCGAAAUUGAAGGCGUUAAAAUGCUGAGUCAUCAUGCUGCUAUCUUCCGAGGAUAUUAA